CUUCCCCCUAAAGUGCACCACUCAAGAUCUAUGAAAAAUACACAGAAGGAGCUCAGCAGUCAGCUGCAGGUGAAAACUAAAACAAGAUGAUUCAGUUCGUUAUCGUUGUUUUUACUCUGUUUUGCCCCGUUGCAUUUUCAGUGGAACACUCCAUGAUGUUUUUUGUCACUGCAACUUCUGGAGUCCCAGACUUCCCAGAGUUUAGGGCUUCUCUCCUGGUUGAUGAAGUUCAGGUGGGUUACUGUGACAGCAACAUCAGGACGCCUGAACUCACACAGGACUGGAUGAAAAAGUUGAUGGAACACGACCCACAACACCUGGAGUAUUAUGUUAAGGAAUGCUAUACAACCCCGCACUUCCUCAGAGCCACCAUUGACAGCUUGAUGAAACGCUUCAACCAAACCAGAGGUGUCCACAUCCUACAGCAAUUGAGUGGCUGUGAAUGGGAUGAUGAAACUGGAGAAAUCAGAGGUUUUAAUCAAUAUGGAUAUGACGGCGAAGACUUCUUAGCACUGGACCUGCAGACACUGACAUGGACCACUCCAAAAUCACAGGCAUUCAUCACCAAACUGAGAUGGGACGCAGACAAAGCUCGACUAGAGUACAAUAAAUACUCUUUCCACAUGUUCCCUGACUGGCUGAAGAAGUAUGUGCACUACGCGAGGAGUUCUCUGCAAAGAACAGAUCUUCCCUCAGUGUCUCUCCUCCAGAAGACUCCCUCCUCUCCGGUCACCUGCCACGCUACAGGUUUCUACCCCGACAGAGUUGACUUGUUCUGGAGGAAAGAUGGAGAGGAGCUUCAUGAGGACGUGGACAAAGGAGAGAUCCUCCCCAACCAUGAUGGAACCUUCCAGAUGAGUGUUGACCUGAACAUCUCAUCAAUCGCUCCUGAAGACUGGAAGAAGUACGACUGUGUGUUUCAGAUGUCUGAUGUCAAAGAUGACAUCAUCACCAAACUGGACAAAUCAGUGAUCAGGACUAACUGGGUUCCUCCAUCAGGGUUUCCUGCUGGUGCUGUCAUUGGAGUAGUUGUAGGUCUGCUGCUGCUGUUGCUCUGCAUCGCUGGACUCUUCAUGUGGAGAAAGAAGACUAACGGGUUCAGCCGUGCUAACAUCUCAGAAUCUGCAGACAGUAACUCAGAUUCCAGUCAAUCACAACUCUCAGGGAAGACUGGAGGAGGAGAGUAAACUCCAAUGAAGCUGGGAUUCUGUCAAAACCAUUGUUUUUUCUUGUCACACACUUGACUCUGUUUUUGCAAUUAUUAAGCCUCUGCAACAAAUGGAAUUCUACUUGUAAGCGUCUUCUUUACCUGUAGGUAAUGGAGGAAGUUUCCAUUUCUUAUUUCAAAUGUUUGGAAUAAGUUUGUAUAUGUCCUAAAUAUGUUAUCAUCAAAAAGGUGAUAGAGGUGGGUGACUCCUCUCUCUGCCCACGUCCUGAAAUAAAGAGCUAUUUUAUUGUUUGCAAAAUCAGGGUUGUGCCAGAUUGGGGACAGUAUGCUGGGUUUUAAUUGGGAGCCUGUGACCUCCAACGUUUUCCACCAAGCAGACAAGGUGGAGGCAAUCAUUGGGUUCUUGAAGCAGGAGUGAUGUUUAAGGGCAGAAGUGAUAAAGGGCAGGUCAGAGAUUUUAAUCUGGUUACAAUCUAACUGUUCUAGUUCCAGCCAGGAGUUAUAUUCUACAUGUGGGUGAAUCAAUUUGGUGAUAUACUGAAGUUGGUUGGCUAAAUAAUAAUACAUGAAGUUGGGGGCUCCCAGUCCCCCUUCUGAUUUAUUCCUCUGGAGGGUGGUCAGACUGAUUUUAGCCUUUUUGUUCUUUGAAUAGAAUUUACCAAUGGCAGAGUCUAAUGAUUGAAACCACUUUGAUGUGGGUUUAAACGGAAUCAUGGAAAAGAAGUAAUUGAUUUUAGGUAAUAUUUUCAUUUUGACUGUAGCUAUUCGUCCCAAGAGGGAGAUGGGGAGGUUAUUCCAUCGCCUUAGAUCAUCACAGACUUUGUCCAAAAGUGGAGUGUAGUUCAAGUGAACUAGCUCUGAGAGUUUGGAGGAAAUACUUAUGCCCAGAUAUCUGAUGUUGCCAGUAGGAAUAGAAUAAUUCGAGUUUUGGACUGUGGGAUUCCACGAGUUUUCUGUUAAAGGUAAUAUGAUUGAUUUCGACCAGUUGAUGGAGUAGUCUGAAAGACAUGAGAAGGUUGUAAUGAGGUUAAAUACUUCCUUCACUGAGGUUUUCGGUUCUUGUAGGUAAAGUAAAAUGUCGUUUGUGUAUAGGUUAAUUUUGUGUUCAGUCUCCAAAGCACAGAUACCUUUGAUAUCAGUGCUCUGACAUACAGCUGUUGCUAAUGGUUCGAUAAUGAUUGCAAACAAUAAAGCAGAGAGUGGGCAUCCUUGUCUCGUUCCCCUUUGCAAACUGAAACUUUGUGAAGUGAUCCCAUUAGUGGUUACUGUAGCCUUGGGUGAGUUGUACAGAGCCGAUAUCCACUGGAUAAACGACUCUCCGAAGCCAAAUUUGUGGAGCACAGCGAAGAGAAAAGAACAACUGACUUUGUCAAAGGCUUUUUCUGCAUCCAGUGACAUAACGAUAGCUUCUUUGUUGUGGUGUUGUAUCAAAGAGAUUAGAUUAAGAAGUCUUCUGAUAUUGUUGGUGGAGUGUCGGCCAUUUAUGAAAUCUGUUUGAUCAUAGUGGAUUAUUGACGGGAUAAUUUUCUCCAACCUAGAGGCGAGUGCUUUUGACAUAAUUUUGAUGUCAGUGUUGAUUAGUGACAGAGGUCGAUAGCUGGAGGGAAGUGUAGGAUCUUUGUCUGGUUUCAAUAAUAAUUCAAUUGCAGCUGUAUUCAUAUGUGAACUUAUAUAACCAUUAUUUUUAAUCUCUGUCACUGUCCUGAAGAAAAGGGGUGCUAACAUUGACCAGAAAUGUUUAAGAAAUUCAGCAGGGAAGCCAUCAGGACCAGGUGCCUUACCUGCUGGCACACUGUCUAAUGCACAUUGUAACUCUUUGAUAGAUAAUGGAGCAUCUAGUGUGUCUCUGUAAUGUGAUGUUAAGUGAGGGAAGUGUAGAGUGUCAAGAAAGUUAUGAAUAUCUUCUUCGUUUGGGUUAACUGUUGAUGAGUAUAAACUCCGGUAAUAGUUAUAGAAAGUCUGAUUAAUUUCCUGGGGUGACUGAGUGUAUUUUCCUGAGGGAUCCUGAAUUGCUGUUAUGAAGGAUUUUUCUUUAUUGCGCUGGAGUUGGUUUGCAAGAAAUUUUCCUGAUUUAUUGUUGUGUUCAAAAUCAUUAUAUCUCAGCUGUUGUAGUAAAAACUCUGUUUUCUUUGAUAAGAUAUUAUCGAGUUUUAGUUUAACAUUUUGUAGUUCAGACCAUAAUUGAUCACUUGGAUUUACUGCAUAGUUCUCUGUAAGUUCUUUAAUUUUUUCCUCAAUUUCUUCCUGUAGUUGUUGAUCCUUUUUUUUUCUUGUACGAGGAGUACGAUAUUAUUUUGCUUCUGAUUACGGCUUUUCCAGUUUCCCAAAGUAAAGAUGGAGAUACAUCAUUAGAAUCAUUGUUUUUUUAGAAAGUCUGCCCACUCACUUCUUAUUAUUUGAUCAAAUUCCUGGUCUUCGAGUAGAGAGAUGUUUAGGCGCCAAGUCUGAGGAGGUUUAGGGAUGGAAUCUGUUUGCAGGCUGAGAGAUAUUGGUGCAUGGUCGCUGAUAAUGAUUGGGUGAAUUUUAGUAGUAGCUUUGUGUGCGAUAGUUAUUUGAGAGGAAAAAUUCUUGAAAAUGUUUGGUGCACCUGAGAGAAAAAAGUAUAGUCCCUCUUUGUUGGGUUUUUGAGUCUCCAGACAUCUUCUAGUCCAAAAUCUUUCAUAUAAUCCUGCAUGACUUUAGCUGAUUGUGGUUGUUUUGCAUGUAUUGGACUAUUAGAUCGAUCUAGUGACGAGUUUAAUACUAUGUUGAAGUCGCCACCGAUAAUGGUUGUUGAGUUAGCAGAUAAGUCUGUUAAGUGGGAGAAAACCACGUGAAAGAAGGCUGGAUCAUCAUUAUUCAGGGUGUACAGAUUUGCAAUUGAAUAUACUUUAUUAAAGAUUGUUGCCUGGAUAAUAAUAUAUCUGCCCUCUGAGUCCGUUACUGUGCUAUUUAAAGUGAAUGGUACUCUCUUAUGGAUUAGAAUGGAGACCCCUCUUUGCCUGCCGUUAUAACAAGAUGAAAACAUGAUAUUAUAAUUACAAUCCACCCGAUCUGGUUUCUGUCAUACUAUUGAAUAGGCUCAAUCCUGAUACAGUCAUCCCACAGAAAUGGACCAGUAGGUCCCUACUGUACCUACUAGUAGGUACAGUAGGUUGUGAUCAUCUAAUCAUUUAGUUGAUCCAAUGCUAUUAAUGCCCAGUAUUAAUGCAGGUAUGUAACAGAGCUCAUUUCCUCCACGCCGUUUAGAAGCUUUAUUCAGAAUGUUAUCUUUUUAAAUUGUUAAUACUAAAACCUGAACCAUUGACAUAAAUGUAUAAGAGCUAUCUAUGACAAACAAGAACAAAUAUGUGCGUUUUUUAGGCAACCCAGUCUCAUUGCCAAAUGUGAAAUACCUACGUUUGUCCACAGAACAAAACGUAACAGUCUCACAAUAAAGGUCUGAAAAUUGUAAAAUGUUUACGUUUUUUUCUCCCUAUUAUUUUCUAUUGGCCUGACGGCAGGUCACGUGACUUCUUGCUGCGGGCCUCUCAAAAUGAAAACAUGGCGGCCUUUCCUUUCAUUCUCGGUGGAAAAUGCAUUAUUUCAAGACAAUGUGGACUUAAAAAGGCAUUUUGGUGACAUUUCUAGCGAAAAAUAUACAUUUUUAAUUUCAUGUAAUUUCAUGUUUAAUUUCAAUAUUCAUUCAGUUCUUAUGUAUGAUCUUUGUUAUUACGAUGAAUCUUUCACGUCUGGAAUGGAAUCGUUACAUUGUUACGUUUUCCACCGUUGCUGUGGUGGUUGCUGAGGAAGCGUCCACGGGCUAAACCAAAUGGCAUAGGCCUAUAUGUUAUUGUAUUUAUUCAUCACAUUGUGUCAUUAUCUGAGCUCUUAACAUAUUUGUGUAGUUACUGACGAUAUCUAUUGUUAACCUUUCCUGCUGUCCGCUUCCUGACCGUGGUCAGGAAAACACAGGGGAGAACUGAUACGUUUAACUGCUUCUAUUUAAAUAAAAUGUGCGGAGACAGUC